UAAUUAGACGGACAUGAUUGCUUCAAGAAUCCUAUAAGUUUUUCCCGGCGGCCCUCCAAUUUCUACGCGUCGGUUGUUAGGGUUUUCGGGGUGGGUCGGGGAGAGACGGUGGGAGGCGCUCGAAAGAAGCUCCACGAAAACGUUGAGAUUCUGAAGCUUAUCUGCACAUUACAAGAUGGCCCCACCUGCUAAAGCCACCUCCAAGAAGCCUGAUGGCAAAGCUCAGGCGUUGAAGGUUGCCAAGGCUGUGAAGUCAGGAGCGUCAUCCCUGAAAAAGAAGACCAGGAAGAUCCGCACAUCUGUAACUUUUCACCGGCCCAAGACCCUCAAGAAAGAGAGAAAUCCCAAAUAUCCUAGGAUCAGUGCUCCACCAAGAAACAAGCUCGACCACUACCAAAUUCUCAAAUAUCCCUUGACUACCGAAUCUGCCAUGAAGAAGAUUGAAGAUAACAACACACUCGUAUUCAUAGUUGAUAUUCGAGCCGACAAGAAGAAGAUCAAAGCAGCUGUGAAGAAGAUGUACGACAUUCAGGCAAAGAAAGUGAAUACUCUGAUCAGGCCUGACGGCACCAAAAAGGCAUAUGUGAGAUUGACCCCAGAUUAUGAUGCUCUUGAUGUUGCAAACAAAAUCGGUAUAAUUUAGACUUGUAGUAGUCAGCAAUCCGAUCCUCUGCUUGCUGGAAUCUUGUUUGUGUUGGUGCUUCAGGUCCUAGACCCUCGUAUGAUUUUCUUGGCUUAGUAUUCUGUUGGCAUGAAAGCUAGAACAAAAACAAACUCCACGGGAGAGGCUAUUAGAAAUUAUGUUUCAUGCUUGCUUUCUUAACUGUACUUUUCAGACUCAUUUGUGGAUUAUGGUGGUAGGGGAGGCUCCACAUUAGGUAAAUGUACUGCAGGUAUCCUGACUUCGGGGUUGCUGCAACAUAUUAAACAACAAAGCAUGCAUUUUUUUGUUUUACGAAA